GUGGCUUUAGGAGAAACUGAAACUUGGCUUGCUGGGGGCGGAGUGGUCACUGGAGAUUUAAAGAGCUGCCACUUCCUUGGGCCCCUAGAGGGCCUUGGGAGGUCACAGCAGCUGAGGGACACCCUGAACUGAGUGCCAGCCUCUGUUCUCCUGCCCAACCAUGCAGCUCUGCGGGGGCAAUGGGCUGCUGAGCGGGACGGACCCUGAGGAGCUUCAGAGGCAGCUGAAGAAGAAACAGAAGAACCGGGCGGCUGCGCAGAGAAGCCGGCAGAAGCACACGAACAAGGCGGACGCCCUUCACCAGCAGCAUGAGUCACUGGAGAAACACAACCACGCCCUGCGGAAGGAGAUCCAGGCCCUUCAGGCAGAGCUGGCGUGGUGGAGUCAGACCUUGCACAUGCAUGAGCGCCUAUGCCCAAUGGACUGUGCCACCUGCUUGGUUCCAGUGUCCCCUGGCUGCUGGGGCCCGGCUGAGCGGCCCCCAAGCCCUGUGCCCCAUGAACAACAUGGCUGCCAGGGACAGCCAGGCCUGUUCCAGACCCUCGUCUCCUCUCCCUCGGCUCAGCAACUCUCUCCAGAUCCACAGCCUCAUGGUUCCCUUGGCCUCCUCCUGUCCCCUCUGCCCUCGCUGUCCCUUGGUCCCACUGCGGUCACUGCAUCUUCGGCCCACCUGUCCACUAGUCCUAUCCAAUCUGCCUUGCCCACUGACUCUGGCCUAAUGAGGCCUUCCUCGAAGCUCAACACCCUCAUGCCCAGCCCCCCAGCCCAGCCUACCCCUCUACAGUCCCUCAGGCUGGAGCACGCCACCAGGGGGAAGCCGGAGUUCUCACCCCACAGCCCCGCAGCUGCUCUGGGACUGGGCCAUCUGCAGGGCAGGGAACAUAAGGCUGCUUCAUCAGCAGCAGAUGGGCAAGGACUGGGUGUGAAUCCCAGCCCCCACCCUCUCCUGGCCUUCCCCUUGCUCUCCUCUGCUCAAGUCCACUUCUAACUGGCCCCCAGAGCUAGGCUGGCCCCUUCCUUGGACUCAGAAACAGCCUUGGCACAUGGGCAUCUCCUCCAUUGCACUGGAGUCCGCCUUUCUUGGCUGACCAGCUGAACCAGGAUUUCACCAGGGAAAGGAAGCCAUCACUGCAUGCCCACCACUUUGCCAGGUCCUGUCACCACUACUAUCUUAUUUCAACCUUGUGAUUGCCCUGCAAAAUCCAGAUUGUCAGUCUACUUUUUAAGGGGUGGCUCAGAGAAGUUGGGUGACUGUCCAAGGUCACACAGCUUUUCUUGGGAACUGAAACACCACCAACUGCUCCUCCUUCCCCUGGUGGGAUCCUGGCCCAGGCACUCUAGGAGCUGAAGUCCUAGAAACUGAGGACUGGUGUGAGGAGGUUUGAGUGCUAGGAGUGGGGAGGGCCUCUCCCCUCUGCUUUGUGAUUUCCAGGGCCACAGAGCCCUGCAGUCUCUGAAACCUUGUCCUCACUGGGGCUGGUCCAGAGUCCAAACCUGGAUGGGGAGAGGCUAAGCAGGAGCCCAGAAGUGAAUUCUUUCUACCUCUAGCAGUGUUCUUGGUGCCAAAGCACUGAACCUGUGGGUUGGAGUUGGGGACAAGCCUGGAACAGUCCCCUUGAGAUUUCCACUGAAAUCCUAUAACCAUACCCUGACUUUGGGGAGAUUCUGCAGGGUCAGCUCUCCAGGCUAUUCCCAAAUAGCUCCCUGCCUCCUCCCUCCCCCUAGGACCAUGGCAGGUGGAUCUCUGAGAGCAUUCAUGUCAUGCACAAAAGGCAGGUGGAAAGAAUGAGGAAGGACCAGAUGUAAAGUUAUAAACUUUGCAAGUGCUGAACUGGCACCUGGCAGCAGUGAGAACUGUGUCUUCUCCAGUACCACUCCCAUCCCUGUGCAGCCCCCAGACCCCCAUUACCCUCGGGUCCCUCUGAGCAGUGUCCUUGUGCUCUUUGGCCUGAUAGCAGCUAGAAGGCCAGGGGCUUGGGACCAGGUAGGAGCUGAGCUGCAGCAUCUGCUCGGGGGUGGGGGUGGGGUGGGGGGACGGUGGCAGGUUUUCAUUCAGACUCAGGACAAAGACUGUAAAGUGCCUGAGAUGAGAAGCUCCAGCUCUUUGCCCAGAUUACACACAUGUAAGCAGACACUAUGCUGAGUAUUUGACACACUCCAGGAUGCUGAGCACAAGUCCUGGCACCUAUGUUAUGGUAAAUAAAUUAAAGGGUUUUCCAAUUCUUUUUGCUUUGGCUAGUUGUUUAAAGCUCAGAUGUACGUUGUACUGUUGAAACCAAAGGGCUUUUAAAAAAGAGGGAACAGUCUAGAAUCUUUUAGAGGUUGGCAACCCCUCGUGGACCUCCCAUUCCAACCCCAUCCUUGAGGUCAGCUGGAAUGUAGGACAAGUCAAUAUGAUGUGUGAUGCACCAGGACUUGCCAGGGAGAUGAAGUACUAUGGUCUGGCCUGUGUCUAUAUGCCCUAAAAUUUGUCAGGCACUCUGUUGUGUUUAACUUAGGUUAACUCAAUGAUGCUUCCAGUAACUCUGCGAAGUAGGCUUAGUUAUUACUCCACUGUUUAGAAGGGGAAACUGAGGCCCAGGGAAGUUAAGGUUAUAUAGCCAGGAAAUGGUAUAGGCUUGAUGCAACUUCAGGAACACUUAACCACAGGCAAUCCUACCUUCCACCUUCCACAAACUCUCCCUGUAGGCCCUGAAUGGAGGGGCUGAAACAUACUGAUAGAUGGGACCCCAAAAGGUAAAACCCUACUUUAAACUCAAAACAAAUAAGAGAGGGGAAUGACUUAAUUAAUGUUGGUGUACUCAUAUGAUGGACUACUGAAGAGAUGCUGAGAACAAAGAAUGCUUUGAAGAAUAUUUAAUGAGGUGAGAAAAUGCUUACAACCUAUCAAGCAGAAAAAAUAGAAUGUGCAACUGUCACUAUAGUUUGAUGUUAUAUUUGUUUUAAAAUAUAAACAGAAUCAAAGGAGUGGGAGAUGUUGUAGAUUCUUGAGGGAUAUGAGCUAAUAUCUGUGAAUCCCCAAUUGUUAUAAACAGAGCUAUCAUUGUAGCUUUAGCCUUCCACAUGGUUGAAUAUAUCUUAAAAAUCUGUAUCUGGUAUAUCUAUUGCUGCAUAACAGAUUACUCCAAAACUUAGCAGCUUAAUCAGCAAA